AACAACUGGGGAUCUCUACAUCAAAUCUUUCGAAACCGAAAUCAGGUACUGUACACGAACCUCUGAUUUCAAGUUAAUCGAAGUGUUUCUCUCCUUUCUCCCUUUCUGUGGUUGGUUUAGAAUCCUCUGGAGGAAGUUAGGGUUAAAGGCGAGAGGGAUUUUGAAUGUGCAACAAAGAUGGGGGUUGGGAUGCCGAGGUGAGGGUGUUAGCCUCCUGGAAGGCCAAAAGGGCCAACCAGAAUAAGUUUAGCUUAAAUGAGGAUGAGGAGGAAGAAGUGGGGAGGUUGGUGAGGAAGAGGGGGGAUGUAUUGAAUAUUAUGGACCUCACCAACGCAGCAUGCAUAGAGGCUGCUGAGCUCUAUGGGCCAAGCGCUCUGAGUGAAGCUCAAAUGGAUCAAUUUUUGAAUACUGCUGGGGGAAAGGCUAUCCCCAAGAAGCCAAGGAUGAAGUCAAGGACUUCAACUAAGAAAGUGGAUGAGGGGAGGACUGGGAAGGAGGUGGUACCUUUGGCCUCAGCUGAGACGGAAGAGGAGGUGCCAGCACUGAAGAGGAAGGGUUGGGAGGAGAGGAGGGCGCUGCAGAAGAAGCAGAAGGUGGUAGAGGAAGAGGGGAGUGGGGUGCCUGAGUUCGGGAAGGGCCCUGUUACCCCCAUGGUGCCUCAGAGCAGCUUGUUCGAGGCAAAGAACGUGAUGGGGGCUAGGUGGUUCAUCAACAGCACCUUCCUCGAAGUGGACAAGUGCAACGCACGGGAGGAAGCUCUGAGGUACGGAGGAGCAUCUGUGGUGAAGCACGUCCUUGAGAGCGCGAGCUGGGUGAAUGGUCUAGCCCAGGAGUUCAGGGAGAGUAUAAAGGAGCGCGCACUCUUGCAGAGGCAGUGUGACCAGCUGCAGAAGGAGAAGGAGGAGCUGGAGAAGAAAAAUAAAGAUCUGCAAGAGUCGUUGGACGAGGUGGUUCCAACUGUGAAGCAGUUGGAACAGGAGAGGUCUUCCCUGAGCAUCAAGCUCGGCUUUGAAGAGAGCAAACGAAAGAUCUCUGAAAGCGAGCGUGAGGCUCAGGCGCAAGAACUGAAGCUGACAAAGGAAGCUUUCUUGGAGCUGAAGGGGAACGUGCAAACCUUGGUGCACAAUGGGAUGAAGGAGCACAUCAGCAACUUCAUCAGUUCCAGCUCGUUUGACAGCAUCGUCAACCUGUACCGGCUGCCCACUGCCAUCAUCGCUUUCACAGACUGCAGAAAGAAGGUGAAGGUUGCAUAUCCCGAAGUGGAUGUGACAAAGGUCACCUUCGGCGAGCAAGAAGAAGGAGUGGAGGAAGAUGGUGAGAGCAUGUCAGCAGACUUCCGUCCUCAGAUCAAACUGAGGUGGGAGGAUGAUGUAGACGGUCUUGCUGUUUUUCCUCCACGAUUCGACUUCGAGUUCAUUGCAGUGGAGGAAGAAGGAGCAGAGGUAGAGGGAGACGAGGUGGAGGCAGGAGUGGAGGGAGCUGAGGCGGAUGAGAGUCAACCAGUUCCAGAAGUGGAGAUUCAUCCAGUUCCCUCCGACAAUGAGAAGCCUCCUCUGCCAGACGAGCAGCAGCCAAGGCAGCCACCUCUUCCAGCUGAAGAGGAGCCAGUGGAGCCACCUCCUCCAGCAGAGGACUAAAAAUUUUGUUUGUUGCUUUUUAAUUUUUUAACUUUUUGUAAAGACAUUUAGAGCUUGUACUCUUUAUUUUAAGUGAAAUAAAAAUUUAUAUUUGAA